GUUUUUACGUCGGAACUUGUUCUUAGCCACUGCACCAUGGGUAUGUAGCUGGCUGUUUGUGCAGGGGAACAACGAUAUGUCUGUCUACAAUUUUUAUAUUUGACUAAAUAUGAUAAUAUGGUGCUCUUUGUUCAGCAACCGGGAAAUAGCUGAUUAGUCAUAUAGGUAUUUAAACGCAUCUCGAGCUUGAUAAACUAAUACUGGCUAACUACUGCUAGCUAGCUAAUAUUGUUGCUGCUGCUGGUUGUGGGUUGCAACCCCGUUAGCUGCAUCCCGGAGGCGGGCAUUUAACAUCUAAUGAAAAAAAGUUUAAAUCGCGCACCAAGAAUAUGUGCUUAUUUAACUGAAGUUUUAGCCUGUGACCGAGUGAUCGUGUGUGUGUUUCGAACAAAUGUCGCCAGUCAUAGCAUUGCCUACUAGGUAGCUAGCCACGUUAGCUUAUAGAAGAACAAUCAACGCCAUUUUCGCCUGCUCGUCGUUUGUUAGUGUUGCUUGCCUGCUAACUUGCUAGUCUAUACAGCUAACGUGGCACUUGUUGCUGAAUGUUUACCUAGUUACUCACGAUCUUCCUGUAGUCAGCCUGCAAAUUAAUAGGUAAACAUUAGAUAUUUCGCAAGUUGUCUAUUCCACUCUUGGGCGGAAAAAUGGACGAUUUCAGUUCGAUCAGUCUGCUUUCUCUGGCAAUGUUGGUGGGAUGUUAUGUGGCUGGAACCAUUCCUUUGGCUGUCAAUUUUUCCGAGGACAAGCUGAAGCUUGUGACGGUGCUUGGGGCAGGACUGCUCUGUGGCACUGCGUUGGCCGUCAUUAUACCAGAGGGAGUGCAUGCACUUUAUGAAGAGGUGUUGGAGGGGGGCCACCACGUGCACGCCCUGAGCGAGGCGGCGGCCAGCCUGGACCAGAAGGCCGUCGUGGACGAGGCGGAGGUCCCCGGGGGCCACGGCCACGGUCACGGUCACGAGCAGCUGCACGCCUACAUCGGGGUGUCGCUCGUCCUGGGGUUCGUCUUCAUGCUGCUGGUGGACCAGAUCGGGAGCUCCCAUGUGCACAGCACUGAAGAUCCAGAAUCUGGGCGGGCAGGGGCCUCAAAGAUCACCACUACCUUGGGCCUGGUAGUCCAUGCUGCUGCUGAUGGAGUGGCUCUCGGUGCUGCUGCCUCCACUUCCCAGACCAGCGUGCAGCUCAUCGUCUUUGUGGCCAUCAUGUUACACAAGGCCCCGGCGGCAUUCGGCCUGGUCUCUUUCCUAAUGCACGCUGGUCUGGAGAGGAACCGCAUCCGUAAGCACCUGCUGGUGUUCGCCCUGGCCGCCCCUGCCCUGGCUAUGCUCACCUUCCUGGGCCUCAGUCAGAGCAGUAAGGAGGCACUCUCGGAGGUCAACGCCACGGGCGUGGCCAUGCUCUUCUCGGCCGGGACCUUCCUGUACGUGGCCACCGUUCACGUCCUGCCGGAGGUGGGCGGGACAGGCCACAGCCACGCCCCCAGCGGUGGGAACGGGGGGAAGGGACUCAGCAAGGUGGAGGUGGGGGCGCUGGUGCUGGGCUGCCUGAUCCCGCUGAUACUGUCCAUCGGGCACCAACACUAGAGGGCGCUCCGGAGCCGGUAGUGAUAGCAAAAAGGGUUUUCCAAGAUGGCGGCCAAAAAAACGAAAAAAAAAAAAAAAAACUCAAACCGCACAGAUUUUUGAACAUUGCUGCUCCUCGGUGGGAUCGUGUGAUUUGUCGACGUCCUCGUGGUUCUGGGACCGUGAUUGCGACUGGA